CUACGGUGAAGAUGAUUCUAGAAAAUCCGCUAUUCCUUCUUUGCCUUCACCUCCAGAAUUUCCGAUCCGGAGCUGCCUGAACAAUUUUUUAUGCUAUUGCUUCUCUUUCUUUGUCUAUCUUUCAUUUCAAAUACUACGUCUUCGUAAUAGAUUUUUAAUCGAAGCGAUAAGAGUAGGCUUACGUUUUCUUGCAUUUUCACAGCUACCAAACGCAGCCUCAAUCUGAUUUUCUCACUUUAUACCAAUAUAAUUGGUGCAGCUUCAUGAACUAGUUGUAUAGCUUGGAUUACAGUCAAGAACAUGAAAUCUAAGAGGGAACGCGAUGUCGACGAUGAUGUUAUGGGUGGGGAUGGUGGUCUUGAUUCUGAUUCGAAGCGCCAGAGAGUAGCUUCCCAGUCAUCCCUUUCCCAUUCUGCUUCACCUUCUCCACCUGCCUCAGAAAGCACUCUUCUUCCUGGUUUUAAUUAUGGGGAUGAGGAUGAAGAGGAAGACAACAAGAGAUUGCCACCUGCCAAUGGAACCAGAGAGGAUGGUAGUGAUAAGCCAAGGACCGGACAAAAUGGGGUUCAAGAAGAAGAGGAUGAGGAUGAUGAUGAUUUUCUAAGAGAACAAGGACUUGGCCAGGGAGGUCGAAGGCGUGAGAUUGAGAUUCGGAGGGAUUGCCCGUAUCUUGAUACUGUUAAUCGCCAGGUUUUGGAUUUUGAUUUUGAAAAGUUUUGCUCUGUGUCACUUUCGAAUUUGAAUGUCUAUGCAUGUUUAGUUUGUGGGAAAUAUUACCAAGGAAGAGGGAAAAAGUCUCAUGCAUAUACUCAUAGCCUUGAAGCCGGACACCAUGUCUACAUAAAUCUCCGAACCGAGAAAGUUUAUUGCCUUCCUGAUGGAUAUGAAAUUAGUGAUCCAUCAUUAGAUGACAUUCGACAUGUCUUGAAUCCAAGGUUUACUGAGGAACAAGUUGAGCAGCUUGACAAAAAUAAACAAUGGUCUAGGGCACUUGAUGGUUCUGAUUACCUUCCAGGAAUGGUGGGGCUCAACAACAUCAAGGAAACUGAUUUUGUGAAUGUCACAAUUCAAUCGCUAAUGAGAGUUACUCCCCUAAGAAACUUUUUCCUCAUUCCUAAGAACUAUCAACACUGCAAAUCUCCCCUUGUUCAUCGAUUUGGGGAGCUCACACGAAAGAUAUGGCAUGCACGGAACUUUAAAGGACAGGUGAGCCCUCAUGAGUUUCUUCAGGCAGUUAUGAAAGCCAGUAAGAAGCGGUUCAGAAUUGGUGCACAGUCUGAUCCAGUUGAAUUUAUGUCAUGGCUUCUUAAUACGCUGCAUGCUGAUCUUAGAACUUCAAAGAAAAGUAGCAGCAUAAUCCAUGAUUGCUUUCAGGGAGAACUGGAGGUUGUGAAAGAGACUCAUAACAAAACUAUUGCCGAAAAGAAAGAAAAUGAUGAUGACCCAAAUGCUUCUCUAAAACUUACUGACGGAGUAGCUGAAAAAAAUGGCAUUGUAACUGAAAGUUACAGAAUGCCCUUCUUAAUGCUUGGACUGGAUUUGCCACCGCCACCUCUUUUCAAGGAUGUGAUGGAGAAAAAUAUAAUACCACAGGUUCCCCUGUUCAAUAUUUUGAAGAAAUUUGAUGGUGAGAUGGUUACUGAAGUAGUCCGUCCUCGUUUAGCAAGGAUGAGAUAUAGAGUCACCAGAUUACCACGGUAUCUAAUUCUCCACAUGAGAAGAUUUACAAAAAACAACUUUUUUGUGGAGAAGAAUCCCACUUUAGUCAACUUUCCUGUGAAAAACCUUGAAUUAAAAGACUACAUUCCCUUGCCAACACCAAAGGAGAAUGAGAGAUUGCGUUCAAAGUAUGAUUUGAUCGCGAAUGUUGUCCAUGAUGGUAAACCUGGUGAAGGUUCCUAUAGGGUAUUUGUGCAGAGAAAGUCAGAAGAAUUAUGGUAUGAAAUGCAGGAUUUGCAUGUUUCAGAAACCCUUCCUCAAAUGGUUGCUCUGUCUGAGGCAUAUAUGCAGAUAUAUGAGCAGCAUCAGUAAAAGUGAAGAGUUUUGAUUCUCAGCGUGGACUGUUAGGUGGUUUUUGAAUCCUAGGUAACCACAGUUUUAUGCUUGCAAAAAGGAGAAUUUAAGCUGUGCCCGACUCUGUUGAGGUUGAGUUUGUAGGGAAACUAAUGGCAAUUGUUCGGCUCUGGAAACAUGAAAUGCAACAGUUUCUUCCGUUAGCUUGACUUACAAUACAUCAAUCUUUUAGAACAGAAAUUUUCCCUUGAAAUUAUAGAAAUGCCUAUUGUAAUCUUGAAAGGAUUUUGUCUAAUUCAUAUUCAGUAUAGGAAAUUUUGACUUUGUCUCUGUUGUAUUGCAAGCAAUUUGUUGAUGAUUAGAUAUAACUGCUCGUUUUACUUU